AUCACCUCGUGUUAUUUUCUUAGUUGAAGCGAAAACUUGAAAAUAUAUAUUUGAUUUACUCAUGCUUCGUUUGUGAAACACAUUAAUAAGUUUACGUUCUAAAAAAAUAGAAUUUGAUUCGUUGAAAUUGGUUUUUAUUAUUAUAAUUAAUAUUAUUAUUAUUUAGAUUGUGCGAUAACAUUUAUAAUUGUUAUAAACAUUGUGGAUAUAAGAUGUGAAGAAGAAAUAAAGAUACUUAAAAAGGAAAAAGGAAUUAGUGUGAGUGAAAUAGUGUUAGUGGGGGAGGGGAGUAUUUCAUGUGAUGAGGAAAGACCUGUGAUCGGGUCGAGGGGCGAGAGACGUGAAAGUACCGCUACGGUGUAGCCCGAGGCAAAAUACAUGCCGUAGCGCUAAACUACCGCUGUCGGUUGUCGAUAUAAUUUUAACUUGUUUGAAAAGCGUACUCUGGGUAGACUGUAGGUAAUGGACAUAAGCUGCUGCUGCUGCUGCUCUCUAUAUACUAUACAGUAUACAUUGCAACGCUACUAUAGUGCUGGAGAACACUCGCGCGCGCUCCCUAGAAAGAUCGGUUGUCUUCAACCAGCUGCGAGAUUUCUUCAAAUUUUAUCAUCAAACUUUUUAACCAAAUUUAUGUGCGUGUGUGUCUAUUGGUUUUGUUUCGGAUUUACUGUUUUAUUAAAAUUCAUUUAGUGUUUUCAAAAAGCUUAGAGUUUUAUUCAAAUGCCGCAAUAUUGUUGUGUAUGCAAGCCUACACCUAACCUGAAAGCAUUGAAGAACCUGUUCAUAUAAACUUUUUCCGUUUUCACUUUAUAUCUUAGUUUUGCUGAAUAUAUAUAUAAAAUUUUAGACUCAUUUUAUUAUUUGUCAAUUGUACAUUCUAAAGAAUGUUUUAAAAUAUUUUAUCUUAAAUUAUGAAUAGUGCGCGACAUUUUGUUGAGAUUACUGGAACUUUAUUAUGAUUAUUAUGAACAAUGAACUUACUCAAAGAUUUAUAGUGUAUUGACUAUGUACAGUUUUUGUUAUUUAAUUUGAGAUAGAAAUUUAUACAUACAUUUAUAUGCAUGUGGGUGUGCGUAUCAUUUCUGUGUGCGCCAUAGACGUAAACCAACAUUUAUUUCCCAUGCCAAAAUUGAUUGUUUCUUCCUUGAUUUGCAAAAAAUAUAUAUAUUAAUAAUAAAGUGCAAGUGAGAGUGGGUUUAAUUGUGGCACGCGCAAUGACCGACAAAAGGUGACAAAGUGGAGUAUCUGAACAUCUGUUAGCAUCGCGGUAUACAGGGACGCGAGUGAAAGCAAGCCGUCCUCAUCAUCGUCAUCUUGUUGCUGUCAUCAUUGACAGCAUUGUCACUACCCUUACAAUCAGUAUGGAACUAAAAUUUUUUAUUUCGGGCACCUAAUAUUUUAGAAUCCUGUUUGUGACAUUUAUAAGGAUUUAUUGUUCUUCAGAUACAAAUUUUCCGCCAAUAGGCACGAAUUAUAAUUUCACUGCUGACUUUUUUUGUUCAUUGUGUUUUUAGAACUAAGUGUUUUCAUAUUUAUUGGUGUUUUAUUUGCACAUUAUAUACAUUUAUACAAUUAUUCGGAGAAUUAUCACUUUAAAAUUCAGUUGCUUCUUGCUUAAAACGUUAUCGAUGUUACAGCAACUAUUUAAGAAGAGUUUAUAAUAAAACUUGUAAAGUCGCUUAAAAAUUUAUAGAUACUGCAACUAAGGAUUGUCUUUAUAUUCUGGACGUUUUCUACCGCAUUAUAAAAAUUGGAUGUUUUGAUGUCGAUUAAGGAUGAUACAUAUUGUUUUCAGGACAAUAGUUUACAUAUUUUCGGACCAAUACAACGAAUGAGAUGGACAGAUGAUAUAUAGCUCAUGCAGUGAAGCGCCUUGGCUUGCGGUCACCGAUGUUAAGCACCCCUGAGUACGAUUAUUAUUUGGAUGGGUGACCGACUUGGUACUCGCUACCCAGAUAGAACAUAAGCUUGCAGCAACCUUGCGGUGCAAUAUUGCUAACCUUGAACGGCAAACUUGGCGCAAGCUUCAAAUGUCCCACCUGACCCAAGCUUACAUGAUUUGUUGGAGUUUUUAUCAGCAAAAAACAUAUAUUGAAUGAAAAAGCUAUAUCUACAGUGUCUAAUCAGCAAGAGUAAAUCCGUAUUAAAAAUUAUUACCAACGAGAAUUAAAAAGUUUGAGGCUUAAAAUGGAUUUAACUGAGGCUUUUGCUCCUGGUGGUGGUAGCGGUGUUGUAAUUACUGAAGAUAUGGACAAAACCGAUUUUUUUGACUUUGUUGUGUCACCACAGUCUUUAUCGUCAUCACAACAACCGCCUCCUUCUCAUUCAAUUGAAAGUAAUGAAGAAAGUAUUUUACGUCAAACGCCAAACUGUAGAGCCCUGGAUUUCUUACAUGAUCGACAAUUAAGUAUGGAAGAUAAUGAACGUGAAUUAACGUUCAUUAAAGAAACAAAUAAUAAUACUCUGACUGCUUUGCCACCUGUUUCUACAAUUACCAGCUCUUUAAGUCAGCAUUCUAGAAAUAAUAAUUGCGAUAAUAUUCAAAAUGAUCAAAUUUCAAUGGAACAUUCUGACUGUGAUUAUUGGAGCGCUGUUGGAGAUAAUAAAGAAUCAGCAUGUAAUAUACUUCUUGAAGAUUUAAAUAAAUAUUGUUGGUCUGCUACAGAUUGCCAUCACUCACUUGUAGGUCAAUCUGCUGAUGCGUCUAUGCAUCAACAAGUUAAUGACUCCGUAGCUUGUAGUGACAGACAAAAUACAGACGGCGCUAUUUAUACAUUAACAGUACUCAAUAAUGAGACCGAUUCGAUGGAUGCUCUAGACUGUUGUAAAAGUCCAGUUCCAACAGUUUCUGAUUCAUGGUCCCUAAGACCUAAUUUAGAUUUGGACGCGAUUCUUAGCUUAGAGCCCACAACAACGGAACAACAAGAUCAUGAAAGAAUGGGAAUAGAUACUUCCGGAAAUUCUUUCCACACAGCCAAUCAUCCAACUUCUCAUUAUCCUACAGAUGACGGAAAUUUUGUUGAAAGUAAAGAAUUACCUAGAUUACAGCCUAACACUUUAGGUGACAACAACAAUGAUUGGAAGCUGUCUGAUCAAAAUCAUCUAAAUGAAACGACAGUUGCAACAGCAGCCACUGUCGUUACAGAUUCAGCAGAAAGUUUACUUAGAAGUGCUUUACAGGGAAAAUUAUAUACGACAUGUUCUUCUUCUCCUGUUUUGGUAUCAUCUUCAUCAUCUCAAGCUAAUUCUACUAUAUCCUUAACAGCUUCUUCUACAAGCAGUACAUUACAACUUAUUGCAGACCAACAUCUUCAUCAACAUCAGCAACAAGAUCAUUUAGAAGAAGAAGUAAUAAACACUGAUGAGGAUUUAAUAUUAUCUCAUUUAGAUACACCUACUUAUCGACCAGGAGAAUAUGACAAGUUAAAGAGUAUUGCCAAUGAGGUAGUUGAAUCGUACUUGGAACCUGUUUGCAAUGUUGCUGCUACAACGGUUAUGUAUACAUUGGAUCCAAGUAGUGGAAAUCUUGGAACCAUUACUUUACCUGCCGAUUUGAGUCAAGUUGGAACUGUAACAGUAGUGACUGCCAGUAGCCUUGCAACUCAACAAGAUAUACUUCAACAAGCCGUCACCAACCGAGCAGAUAUUACCGAAUCAAUUCAGCAGCAGGUAACAUCUAACCAGAUAGCCAGAGUCACUACUAGUGGGAGUACUAAUACUACAACAAAAUCUGGUAAAAAAUAUUGCAGACGUAAGAACAAUAGCACAAAUAAUUCUAACGCUGGAGCUACAUCAUCCUCUUCCUCAGUUUUAAGUAGCAAUAAUAGUAUUAAUAGUAGUAGUGGUAAUAGUAACAAUAAUUCUAAUCAACAAUCUGGCCCGCCUGGUGGUUCUCCUAGUAGUGUUCAACGGAAAGAAAGAUCUCUUCAUUACUGCAGUAUUUGUAGUAAAGGUUUCAAGGAUAAAUAUAGUGUAAAUGUGCACAUUAGGACACACACUGGAGAAAAACCUUUCGCUUGUUCACUAUGUGGAAAAAGCUUUCGACAGAAGGCUCAUUUAGCCAAACAUUACCAGACACAUGUAGCACAAAAGCCAAAUGUUGCCAACAACAAUAAUGCAAGCACUAGUACAACUAAUAGUAGUAGUAGUAGUAGUAAUAGUAGUAGUAAUAAUAAUAAUAAUAAUAAUAACAGUAACAAUAACAAUAAUUCUUCAGCCGAUUUAUCUAGUACACAACCACAACUUGUUACUACUAUUACAGCCAGUUGUAACCCUACUUGCAAUUGAUUCAUUUGAGUGAUGAGCGGCAUGAUUAUUAUUUUUUUUAAAUACACAAUGUGUUCUAAACUGUAAAAAUGUGGUACUACUUUUUUACACUUUUAUUUAUAGUAAUUUUCUAUCUGAAACAUUCGCUCAAAUUUAAUUAUUUUAAAUGAUUCUAGAAGAGCUUAUUAUGUACCUAUUUGCUUCCUAUUAAUUAAUUAAUUUUGAGUUACUUUAAUAAUGUACCAUUUUAGAAACUUAAAAACCUCUUUCGGCAAGAAAAAAACUGUUACUCAUACUUUAAUAACAAUUUAAAAUCUUAAUUAAGAAAAAAGCAAUAUCAAAGACUUUAAGAAUACAAUUCAUUUUAUAUUACAGUUAUAUUGUGUGUUAUACAAGCUAACAUUUUAUUCACUAUAUUUGUUAUCGUUUUCUUUUCGUUUUUAUUCUCGUCGCCAACGCAAUUUAUAUAUCGAAUUAUUUUUGCCGUUUGUAAAAAAGUAUGUAUUUUAUUGAUUGAACCAAUGCAACGAAUAUUAUAUGUAUAUGUAAUCUAUGAUAAAUUUAUCGUUUUAUAAUGAAAUGAACUUAUUAUAUUAAUAUUUAUUAAUUUAAAUUUUCUUAUAAGUAAUUAACUUUAGUUUCUACGUUUAUACACUCGUUUUUUCGUGGAAGUGCAAUUUUACUUGCUACGAAUAACAUCUAAUACUUGAUAAUUCAAUAUACGUAUUUGUUAAUUAGACUUUUAUAAUAUUCUAAACAAAUGUAAGGAACAAUUAUUAGCACAAACUGUGAUUUAGAUACAAUAUUCGUAGCUUAAAUAUUUUUAUCGACUGGAGUUUACGUUGUCAAUGGUUUUAAAAGAGAUUUUUAAUAAAGCUUUUUAUUUGUA